AUGGAAGAACAAAAGAUUGACUGUGAUGCCGUAGGUCUCAUGGACGAUGCAACACUUGAAAACUUCUUACCUUCAUAUGGAGACAGAAUUGCUGUUUUCAACUACUGCAAAAGCAAACAGCCAUUGUCCAAAAGAAAACAAGGACUUCUUCAAAAGCUUCGGGACAAAAUGAAGAACAGAAAGGAAAGUCCACACGAGACCAUGACACAUGAAAGUACAAGACAGAAAAAGAGGCCAAAAGGAACAAAAAAUGUUGAGAUUGGAUGGAUACAUAGUGAUGGAAAAACUACCAAACAGGUGAGAGCAAAGCAGGGAGGUGGCACUAGAAAAAUUCAAAUGGCCACUGAUUCUGGAUUAAAAGACAUUCUUCAAGAAGGAAAGACACUUUUUUUUCCUGAUGGAACAUCUCCUAAGGGACCUGAAACAGAUUUUGAGUUUGAGGUUUGGGACUUUAAACAGAACCUUCUUACAGAAGACACCGGCCUAACUAUUGGGAAAAUGUAUGAAGCAGUGAGACUGUCAAUGUUGCGCUUCUACAUUGCAACAAAACCAAAAGAUGCAGAAGAAGAUAACAGUGACGCAUCUGAAGUUGUGUUUGUUUUGGAAAGCAGUAGCAGCGAAUUUAAUCCAUUACAGGUGGUGGAUGUCAGGAGGAACUCUGUUGAAGUCCAACAGAGUUCAGAAGUUUUUGAUGAUUCCCAAAUUACUUUUGGUCCCAUUCUUGAUGCUGAAGAAGAUACAGAUGACACAUUAAUCUAUGAGGGUUUUGUUGUUCCCCCCAGUCCAGCAAAUCCAGAAGAUGCAAUAAUGAUCACUGUACGCAAUGCUGACACUUUACAUGACCUUAUUACUGCUUUCUCUGAUGAAGAAACUGAACGUAACGCGCAUACUUCCAGACAACACCGAAGAAGCAGGCACUGGCUCAGGAAUACUGAGAGAUGUACUCACUUGCUUCUGGAAUGA